GGGCUUCCAAUUGACUGCUUGUUGAAGAGGGAAGACCUACAGCCUCUCGCCGAAGCCUCUUGCCGCCGGCUUCAAAGAAGAAGAGACCCACAGUGAAGCUUCUCGCCGCCCUCUCCGAAGCCAGCCGCUACAGGGCCGUCGCCUACCACCGCCGCCCGCCGCUGCAUCCUCCCUCUUUGCCGCCUCUCGCCCCCGCCGCACAGCCGCUCCCUCUCUGCCGCCCCCACCGCACAGCCUCCUCUUAGUGAUAUUAAAGAUUCAAUGGUAAAGAAACGGAAACACAGUGAAUCAUCUGAGGUGGAUGCAACUGUAAAAAUAGAUGAAAUUGCUACAGAAAGACCUAAAAGAACACUUGUGGGUUGGAAAGAUGGUAGGACUGAAGAGAAAGAAACAGAUUUUACAGCUUUUAGAAAUAAAGAGAAGGUUUUGGUUACUUGUUCACGCCGCAUCAAUUACAGGUAUCGGCAUUUGAUGUUGAAUGUGGUGUCACUCUUGCCCCAUUGUAAGAAGGAUAACAAGGUUGAAUCUAAAGAAAGUAAGGGUGCAACUCUAAAUGAGCUAGUUGAGCUGAAAGGUUGUUCUUCUUGCUUGUUUUUCGAGCAGUGCAGAAAGCACAACGACCUUUACCUAUGGAUGGUGAAGUGUCCCAGUGGUCCAUCAGUGAAAUUUUUAGUCAAUGCUGUUCACACAAUGGAAGAGUUGAAGCUUACUGGAAAUCAUCUGAAAGGUUCAAGACCGAUUUUGACCUUCUCAAGUAAUUUUGAUAAAAGCCCUCACUGGAAACUCCUGAAAGAGAUGUUCUUGCAGAUAUUUGGAACUCCAAAAGACCACAGGAAAUCUAAACCUUAUCAUGAUCACGUAUUUGUUUUCUCAAUUGUUGAUGAUCACAUAUGGUUCCGGAAUUACCAGAUAUCUGUUCCUCAUAGUGAAGCAGAUAAAGUGGACAGAGGGGGCCUGGAUAAAAUGACGCUUGUUGAGGUUGGUCCAAGAUUUUGUUUGAACCCUAUCAAGAUAUUUGGAGGCAGCUUUGGGGGCCCAACACUAUAUGAGAAUCCCUUUUAUGUUUCACCUAACCAGAUUCGAGCAUUAGAGAAGAGGCAGAAAGCUGGUAAAUUUGCAAAGAAAGUGAAAGCUAAAACGAGGAGGAAGAUGCAUGAGCUGUCAAAUCCACUGGAACCUGACGAGUUUGCAGAUAUGUGGAAAGAAUGAUAAAUUAGUUCACCAAAUAUUUACCUGUUAUUUGAUGUACCUUUCUUGAUUAUCUUUCAUUUCCUGGUAGGUAAGGAGGUCCCCCCACCCAGAAACCCAAAGCCACAAAAAAAAAAAACACAGGGCAACUUGUGCCCGCAUGGGAUGUAUUAAAUAGCCAUUAUUUUGAAUUGGGAUAUGAUGUUCAUCAAUCAUGCCAUCUUCCCCUAACA